AUAGAAUAAUAUCUUUUUACAACAGAAACCUAAAAAUUUGUACCCACUUGAUUAUGAAUCGUCAGUCAAAAAUGACACCACAUAUUCAAUGUAUGUUGAAAAAUGUGCAUAUUUUUUUACAUAUUUCGAAUGCAGUUGUUACCGGGUUUUUGUGAAAUUGGGCUCGGUGUAUAAUCUGACGGAAGAUGCUUCGCGUGUCGCCUCGUCGAUCGCCAAACGUCAGAACUGAUAAUUUAUAUCAUACUAGUUUUCCGCCAGUGGAUUCGCCCACGUAGUCCUGUAUUAUACAUAAAAAAAAAUAUUUUGAAUCACCCUAUCUAUUUAAGAAAACCACAUCAAAUUCCGUUGCGUAGUUUUAAAGAUCGAAGCAAUUAUCGGGAUAGAUAGACGGAAACCGACUAGUUUUAUGCUAUGUAUUGACGACAUUCAAACUUGCGCAUUCAACGGAAAUUUCGUGGCGUACCAACUCGUACUUCCUUGAGACGCUUGACGGAACUUCAGAAUUGCACCGACCCUUAUUUCUACAUAGGGAAUUUGCGACGGUUGUUUGAGAGGGUAUUGUGUUAUUAUAACUGCAAAUAAUUUGUUACUCAUCCUCGACUUCUUUUUAUGUAUUUAUCACUCGUUAAUAGUUCAAGGUUACUUAAUACUCAAGCGGUACAAUCAAUAGGGCAUAAUAUAAUACAAAACUAAUUUUAACCUUAAUACAUAUGUCGUUAAGUUCAACGAUUAUUCCGGGAAACGGUCGUUUCGUGUUAACCUGUCGUGCUUAUAAGACGGAUCACGUAUACCUAUAACUUCUUAGGCAACUCUAUAGUGAAGUUUAUGAAAAAAAUGUAUUUUUGACAGCAAAAAGCCGAGGCCGGCGACGAGAUGGCAUUGACCCAGGAGGACUUCCUCAUCUGGAGCGUGGAGAGCGCGGACGCGCUGGUGGCGCCCUUCCUGCAGCUGCUGGUGGAGCUGUGCCACGUGGUGCUGGGGCUGCGGCCGCACUGCGCGCACCAGGAGCGGGACAUCGUGCUCGGAUGGCUGCGGCGGGAGGUGCAGCGCGGCUACUCGGUGGGCCAGUUCUGGUACCUGGUGGGCGCGGAGUGGUGGGGCGCCUGGCUCGCCUACACGGCGGGCGGCGACGACGCCUGCUGCCGCGCCGCGCCGCGCCACGUCGACGAGGCCAUCGUCUGCGACGAGAGCUUCACCAGCAACUCCACCGAGUCGAUGGGUUCGCUGCUGUGGCGCGCGGAGACGGCGUCGGUGGGCAGCGCCAGCAGCAGCGGCGUCAGCAGCGCGGCCGCCAACCGGCCGCCCACCCAUCCCGGGCCCGUCCACAACAAACGGCUGCGCGCGCACAACCCGCUCAAGGUGCGCAGCCUGACCGGCGAGGGCGGCCAUCUGCGGCGGGACGUGACGUUGGCGCAGCACCGGGACUUCGAACUGGUCCCGGACGCGCUGUGGCGGGCCCUCGCGCUCUGGUACGGCGGCCCCGACCCGCUGCCCAGACAGGUCAUAAGACCGCCGAACUCUGAUGUGGAAUUAGAAUUGUACCCCCUGGAACUGAAGAUUUUAAGGCACGUACCGAGCACACAAAGUGAGUACCUUUUGAGUCAUACUGUCGUCGACGAUCGUUCGUUUUAAACUUUAGUAAUACAUAUACAAAUAUACGAUACAAAAAUCGA